UUUUUCAAUUUUUCUUCUUCCUUUUAAAGUAGAAUUGUAAUGUUACCUUUGUACAUGUCGUUUUCUCUUUCUGUACCGAUGAACAUAUAAUAAAAAAUAAUGGUAUGUCAAAACAAAAGAGACUCAGUAGCACCACACAAACAAGAUUGAAAAUUCAGCGGUGUCGUCCAGGCCGCCUUGCCUUGAGAAGAAACAGCAUCGACAAAACAUUAAUGGCCGCUACCAUUUCUCAAAGCUUAGUCCUCUCUCCCCCGUGGAUUAUUGGAAAUGGAAACAGUAGCUUCUACCGUCUCUUCUCUUCUCUUCUCUUCUCUUCUCUUCUGCCUUUUCCCAUAUAUUAAUUAAUGGUAAAUACUAUUUUCUUUUCCUCCUCUCUUUCUUUCCUUUUUCUACAUAUCCUUUUUGAAAGAAGAAAAAAAAUUAUUAUGUUCUCUCUAACUAAUUCAUUAUCACACCAAAAUUUCAAUUUUAGUUUUUUUUUUUUUUUAAUGUUUAAUUUUCAUCUAGUUUUAGAAGUAUAUUUUGAGUUUCAAACUUAGUAAUUUUUAUUUUAAUUCUCAUACGCGUAUGAACGAUAUACAUUAUCAAAACCUCGUCUUGAAACCAUUUAUAUAGAUUUUUUUUUUUUUAUAAAUCUAAGAUCGUAAACGUUAAUAUUUUUUUUUUAAUUCUUUGGUAUACUUACUUUUCACUUAUUUUAAAAACUAAAACCACAUUUUGAAAAGAAGAAAACAACAGUUUUUAAAAGUUUGCUUUCAUUUUUACAAAUUGGGUACAUAUUAUUCAAUUUUGUGUUCCGGAAUAAUGUAUGAAACCACAAUAUGAAAUUUAAGAUAAAAUAGAAACAAAAUUAUUCUCAAACAACUUUAUCUCUUAAAAGAAUAACAACAAGCAAAGCAGGGAUAAAAGGCACAUAUUGAGUGGAUCCAAUUUUGUUUUCUUUUAAAGCGAUAAAUUUUUAUUGCUUAAAAUUCAUUUUUUUUAAUAAUAUUAACACAUGUUAGAAAAAGGGAUAAUUGCAAAUGUAGCAAUUAUAUUCAAAAUAAUUAAGUAUGUAGUAACAUUUUAAAAAAAUUGCAAAUAUAGCAAAACUUGUCAAAAUCUAUCAACGAUAGGAGUCUAUCACUGAUAGACUAUGUAGCAAAUGUUGGUCUAUCAACGAUAGACUCUUAUGGUUUAUCAGUGAUAGACUCUAUCACUGAUAGACUUUGCUAUAUUUGCAAUUUUUUAAAAAUAUUGCUACAUACUUAAUAAUUAUUCUAAAAAUUGCUACAUAUUAUAAUUACCCUUAGAAAAACUUGGCUCUAUUUUUAUUAUGUCCACAUAUGUGCCCAUGUUUAAAAGGUUAAAUUAAUUAAAAUACUUUUAUUAACUUUGAUGGAAAAAGAAAAGGGAAGAAAGAAAAGAGGAUUUAAACUUGUAGUUCAAAUUAAGCACAUACCGUGUCAACAGUUGAGUCAAUCAUGCCCAAGUUUCUGCUAUAUAUCUUUGAGAGAGAGAUAAUCGAUCUUAAAGAUAAGAAUGGUGGGGGAGGAAUUGUUAGUCGGAGCGGCUUUGGGUGCUUUAUUGGGGGAGUUGCUGAAAAGGGUUUUGAAUUUGAUGGAAAAAACCGUUCAUUUCAAACCUGAACUUGAAGGACUCAAAUCACAGGUUGAGUUUUUAAUGCCAUUAAUGGAUCAGGUGGAUGAGCUUGGUGAGGAUUUCAAGCUUCGAUAUUCUGAUCAAACCUUGAAGUUGAAGAUACUCAUAAAUAAAGGUAAGCAACUUAUUGAAGAAUGCAAUUAUGUUGCCAUACAAAGUACUCUCUCCAGGUACUCCAAGAUCCCACGUUACACAAAAAAGCUUCGAAGAUUGGAUGCUGAACUUAAAAGGGCGGAAAGCAAUUUGAGGUUGGAAUUAUGCGUACAACAAAUGAAAUUACAAGCUUUGGAAAAUAAUUACAAUAAUGGUGGCCGCCGUGGUCGAAUUCGUGAUCGAGCUAAAUUAUUUGUAACCAACAUCCUCGACAACCUAUUUAGGGGCGAGAGUGGGAUUAAUAAUAAUGAAUAUAAAAUCAAGCUGCCCUUGCUGUUUUAUCACGACAGGAGACUCAAAGGGAAAGCCGGUGCAAAUUUUGUUGAUGCUUUUGUUGGAAGAGCAGUAGAACACAUUAAGGACGACCCAAAGGAAGGGAUUGAGGGAAAAAUUGAAGAGAAGAUAAAGAAGUGGGGGGAAGGUAGAUUUGAGAAGAUAUUUCAUCGUACAUUUGAAACAACUAUUGUAGCAGCCGAAGAAAAACUUCAAAUAUGGUUUGCUUGUAAUUUGUCAACUACAAGAGAGAAAGGUGAAAAUAUUGAAACAGUAGCAGCAGCUGGUGUUUUAUUUGUAUCUUCAGCAAAGCUUGCAUUCUGCAGUCUCAAACCUACUCCAGUACUACAUUCCUCCACUGUUAAUACACAAUCCCUAUAUCUCAAGGUAGUUAUACCGUUUGAGCUACUAAAAGACGUUGAGUUUGAUGGAGAUCAAAAAUGCAUACGAGUCAUCGCCAUUGAUGACCAGAAAUUUGAGUUUAUGAAUUUCCGGAACUACAAUGUCGCUAAAGAAGGCAUCCAACACAUUCCACUCGCACCCAUAUGGACUCACUAGCUCUACAAACUCUCUCUGCCUUAAUUCUUGGAUCAUCACGACAGGUUGAAAAUUCGAGAGAAUUUAUUUCCAUCGUUUGGAACUUUAAUUUGGAAUUUCAAGAGAUUGACUAUAUUUGUAUUCUGAAAUUUCAGAUUAGAAGAAGACUUAUUUACUAGACAUAUUUGCUUAUUCUCUAUAUAAUUAACUUCAAGAAGUUUGUGAUUA